GGGCCGGGGGCGCGGCGCCAUGGGGGGCCCCCGGGCCGCGCGGCUGCUGCUGCUCCUGCGCCCGGUCAAGCUGCUGCGGAGGCGCUUCCGGCUGCUGCUGCUGCUCGCCGUGGUGUCCGUGGGGCUCUGGACUCUUUAUCUGGAACUGGCGGCGUCGGCCCAGGUCGGCGGGAACCCCCUGAACCGGAGGUAUGGCAGCUGGAGAGAACUGGCCAAGGCUCUGGCCAGCAGGAACAUUCCGGCUGUGGAUCCAAAUCUCCAGUUCUACCGUCCCCAGAGGCUGGGCCUCAAGGACCAAGACUCUGCGAGAGGUGGCCGGGGGGACAGCAGCUACCUGAAGUGGAAUAAGCCGGUCCCCUGGCUGUCAGAGUUCCGGGGCCGUGUCAACCUGCACGUGUUUGAAGACUGGUGUGGCAGCUCCAUGCAGCAGCUGCGGAGGGACCUCCACUUCCCUCUGUACCCACACAUCCGCACAACACUGAGGAAGCUGGCCGUGUCCCCCAAGUGGACCAACUAUGGCCUCCGCAUCUUUGGCUACCUGCACCCCUUCACCGAUGGGGAGAUCCAGUUUGCCAUCGCUGCCGACGACAACGCAGAAUUCUGGCUGAGCCGUGACGACCAGGUCUCAGGCCUGCAGCUGCUGGCCAGCGUUGGCAAGGUAGGGUCCCCACAGCCCCAUGGGCCCUCCCACUGCCCCCAGGAGCCAGGUCACCUGCCUCCAUCAGGACACUGGUGUGACAGCCAGGGAAGAGGCAUGAGAAGCUGCGUUCUUCCCCGUUGCCUCCCAUCUUACAGAGGGAUGGACUGGGUGUGGCUGGGAACAGACCCCUGGAAGACUCAGGACUGGACCACACCCGUCCUGGGUGCUCUGGUCCUGAUGCUGAGGAUUCACGCGGUGGGCGCCGGCUGCUGGGGGAGGGGCGUGCGAGGAAUGGGAGUUACUGCCCGAGUGGUCCCGCCUCCCCUCCCACCCUCCCCAUCUCCCCUCCUCCCUCCUCCCACUUUCCUCCUCUCUCCUUCUGCCUGUGUCUCCUCACUCACCACCUCCCACCCUCCAUACUUUGCCUUUGCGUCCGCCCUUCUCUCCCCUUGCUCCUCACACCUCCAGACUGGAAAAGAGUGGACUGCCCCUGGAGAGUUCGGGAAAUUUCGGAGUCAAAUGUCCAAGCCAGUGAGCCUGUCAGCUGCCCGCAGGUACUACUUCGAGGUGCUACACAAGCAGAACGACCAGGGCACCGACCACGUGGAAGUCGCGUGGCGACGGAAUGACCCCGGGGCGAAGUUCAGCAUCAUUGACUCCGCUUCCCUGUCCCUCUUCACAAAUGAGACAGUCCUGAGGAUGGAUGAGGUGGGCCACAUCCCACAGACAGCAGCCAGCCAUGCAGGCUCCCCAGACCCUCUUCCGAGUGAUGAGCAGCCCCCGGCUGACAUGCUGCGGCCCGACCCUCGGGACACCCUCUAUCGAGUGCCCCUGAUCCCCAAGUCCCAGCUCCGCCGCGUCCUGCCCGACUGUCCCUACAAGCCCAGCUACCUGGUGGACGGGCUUCGUCUGCAGCGCUACCAGGGACUCCGGUUUGUUCACCUGUCCUUUGUUUACCCCAAUGACUACACCCGCCUGAGCCACAUGGAGACCCACAAUAAGUGCUUCUACCAGGAAAACUCCUACUACCAGGACAGGCUCAACUUUGAGGACUACAUCAAGAUUGACCAGCCUCCGAAGCAGGGGCCAGAGCAGCCAGCAGGUUCCGAGGAAGGCCUUCUAGAAGAAUCCCAGUACGGAGAAGCGGCAGAGGACACCCGUGCCCCUGACGGCCAGAACGCCAGGACACCAGAGGGGAAGCAAGGCCCCCCGACGGUCCCUGGGCAGGACACCACCAACCGCCGCCUCCGAAGCCUGCGGAGACUUCUGGCUCGGCCCCAGGAGGGCCUGGUGGUGCCCUCUCCCACGCAGAACUCCACAGCCCCCUUCCCAGCGAGGACCAGCGCCAUCCCGGCCCAGCCAGCAGAGAAGAAGGCCAGGAAGCCCAACCCCGAGCCCCACCAGGCUCCACGGCAUCCUGACAAGCGGUCCCCGGGACACCCAGCAGGGCACCCGCCUCCAGUGAAGAGGCCCAGACCCGUGGGUGGCAGCCCCGGGAAGACGCUGGGGCAGUCCCAGUGGCUGAAUCAAGUUGAGUCGUACAUUGCAAAGCAGAGAAGGGGUGACAGCAUGGAGCCUCUGGACCCCAGGAGGGACUGGCCUAAGGAGGAGGAGGAGGUGCUGGCAGCAGCCGCCGGCCAGGAAGGACGAGCGGAGGGAGAGGACAAGGGGGAGGAAGAGGAGGAGGAGGAGGAUGUGAGUGAGGUGUUGGAAUACCUGUCCAUGUUCGACCCGGUGGUGAACUGGGACCAGACCUUCAGUGCCGGCAACCUCGACUUGCAAGCCCUGCGGACCGACUGGAUUGACCUGAGCUGUAACACGUCUGGCAACCUGCUGCUUCCCGAGCAGGAGGCGCUCGAGGUCACGCGGGUCUUCUUGAAGAAGCUUAACCAGCGCAGCCGGGGGAGGUACCAGCUGCGGCGCAUCGUGAACGUGGAGAAGCGUCAGGACCAUCUUCGUGGGGGCCGCUACCUGCUGGAGCUUGAGCUGCUGGAACGAGGCCAGCACCUGGUGCGGCUCUCGGAGUUCGUGUCCAUGCGUGGCAGGCAGGGCGUCGAUGCCGCUGGUGGGGAAGAGGCCGAGGCCCGGAACCUGCAAGGCCUGGUGUGGAGCCCACACGACCGCCAGAGACAUGUCCUGAGUGCCCGGGCUCCGGAGCCCAAGCUGUGCUGGCCCCAGGGCUUCUCCUGGAACCACCACGCCGUGGUCCACUUCAUUGUGCCGGUAAAGAACCAGGCGCGCUGGGUGCAGCAGUUCAUCAGAGACAUGGAGACCCUGUUCGGUGUCACCGGCGACCCGCACUUCAAUGUCAUCAUCACCGACUACAGCAGCGAGGACAUGGACGUCGAGAUGGCCCUGAGAAGGUCCAAGCUGCCGAGCUACCAGUACCUGAAGCUAAGUGGGAACUUCGAACGCUCAGCCGGGCUUCAGGCUGGCGUGGACCUGGUGAAGGACCCGCACAGCAUCAUCUUCCUCUGUGACCUCCACAUCCACUUCCCAGCUGGAAUCAUCGAUGCCAUCCGGAAGCACUGUGUGCAGGGCAAGAUGGCCUUCGCGCCCAUGGUCAUGAGGCUGCACUGCGGCGCCACCCCCCAGUGGCCUGAGGGCUACUGGGAGGUGAAUGGAUUUGGGCUGCUCGGCAUCUACAAGUCAGACCUGGACAGGAUCGGGGGCAUGAACACCAAGGAGUUCCGAGACCGCUGGGGUGGGGAGGACUGGGAGCUGUUGGACAGGAUCCUCCAAGCAGGCCUGGAAGUGGAGCGUCUCUCCCUCCGGAAUUUCUUCCAUCACUUCCAUUCCAAACGAGGCAUGUGGAACCGCCGCCAGAUGAAGACGCCAUAACCCCAGGGGUGGCCCGCUGGACCCACCGCUUCCGGCCCCUGCACCGCGGUGGCCUGGCCAGUGCCCGCUUGCUGCCGGAGGGGGAGAGGGAGGGGAGCAGGGGCCACGCUGGGCCCGAGCGGCCUCCGAGCCGACACCCCCUGCGCCGGCAGCCGUCCUCCAUGGGAGGAGGCCAAGGCCUCUCCCCACCUCUGGGCCUCUGGGGCCAGGAGAUGGGAAAGAGACGGGACAGCUCCCGGCAAGGGCGGCAGAACCGGGUUGAGGAAGGAAAGCCCUGCCUGGGUGACACCACCCUGACCGGGAGGUGCCUUCCAGCGUCCACCCCGGGCUCCUCAGGGGGCAGUGGCCAUGCACUGGGAAGCUCUCCUAUUGGACGUAUUUUAUUGGGGUUUUAAUUUUUUUAACAGAAAACCAAAACUGUAACUGUCCAGAUCCAGCAUUGACUGUGAGGGGGCAGAGUCGUGCAUUUAGGGGGGGGCCCGCAUACCUCAGACCCACAGGUGCGUCCCUCGGUCCUUGACCAACAGCUGAUUUGUAACCCAGGAGCCGGCCUCACGUGGAGCCGUUCUCAGCUCUCCCGCAGGCAUGUGGCUCCAGGACACGCAUAUCUCUCCCAGGUGGCCACCUGACAGCUGGCCACCGAUUAGGGCAUUAACCUUACCCUCCAGGUGGCACUAACUCCAGACUGGCAUCCUCUUCCCAGUGCCAUGGGGGGCUGGGAGCCGGGGAACCGAUGGGCAGGGGGCUCCUGGCCCCCUGGUGUUGGGUGAAUAGGCCGUGUAUCGUGGGCAAGGUGGGGAAGGCAGGGACGAGAAGCCCCUUUCUGUCCCAGCGGCCUGUGAGCUGGGCCUUGGGGACCAUGUGAAGCAGAGCCGGGAGAGGAUGAGAGGAGGGGUGGGAUCCAGCGGGAAGGGAUGAGAAGGGAAGUGGGAAGCUUGAGUCCUCACAGCCCAGCUCCCUCCUGCAGAGAGGGCCCCAGGCCUGCCCGGUGGGGAAGACAGGAGGAAGACACUCUGAACUAGGGAACAGGGACGGGGGGGAAGGUCUGGGGAGGCGAGGGCAUCGCUCUGAACUACUUCCUCACGUGGAAGGGAGCAGGGCCGGAGGAUGAAAAGUGAAGCCAUUUCAGGGAACACAGCCCUUGACCUUCGUAGUCUGGGGCACCCUCUCUGUCACCUACGAUCACGCACGUAUCUUGCACUAAUGAUCCCAGACGCCUUCGUGGCUGGGGAUUUUUCUACUGCUGCUGCCUCUGCCGCUACUCUGAUUCACCAACGGUGCAUCGGACACUGCAUCUCGAAGCCCAGUGUCUGUGAGGAAGGGCGUAGGGGGACGUGCAGCAGGGCCCAGGGGGCCGGUCAGCUGGGCGCAGGCUCCGUGCUGUGGCAGAGUCCCAGUCCCAGUGCGUGGAGCUGCAGGGUCUCCUCGGUGGGCCCUGCACUCACCAAGAGCAGGAACUUGGCAUAUGGGAGAGUGGAGCCCCUCGAGAACCGUCUGGAGGUUGAAGAGAAUCCCUGCCUCCCUCUUAAGAAAUCAGGAAGGACACAGACUUUUCAAUUCAUAGAUUGUGGUUUACGGAGGCCAUAUCUGCCCUCAGGCUGUGGCUCUUUAUGGUCCCUGCUCAGGCUCCGUGCCUUGGGAAAAGGGCUGUAGGGAGUAGGCGAGAGCUGCAAUUGGCUGGCUGGGGUGCCAGGUUUCUUUCUGGGGCCACUCUCAUCCCUGGGCAUCGCCCUGCAAGGCCCGAAUCUACCCAGACAGCCCUCCCGCUUCACCCCUCCUGAUGACAGGAGCCCGCCCAGCCUCCCCUGCCUGAUCCAUCACCCCCUCUGCCCCAGCCAGUGCCUUGUGUUUGACAUUUGUUACCUCCACACCACCUGCCUUAAUGGAGAGGGCCUGGCACGGCCCCUACUCUGUAGGGAAAUGUGUAGGGUGGGGGGAGGGAAAGCAUUGAAU